UACUUAAGAUUUAAUUUGGUUUUAGAACUGUCUUCACACACCAAGAUCUGUGUGACUCGUUAGUCAAACCUGUUAUUUAUCCCGUUCAUCGAAGCCUGAAGCAUUCCCGUUCACGAACUCUGGCUUUUAUGGCUGCCUCGGACUCUGCUUUUCCCGUAUUCGCCAUCGUUGUGCUCAGCAUCAUGGCCACGGCUCUGUUGCUCAUCGGCUACUUCACUUUCGUCGCCAAGUGCUGCUCUUACUGGCACCACCUCAACCCCCUCACAUGGCUUUCCAUUCUGCGUCCCAGACACAGCGAAGAACCCUUCAUAGCUCUCUCCCCCACCACGUGGAAUCGUGGCCUUGAUGAAUCCAUCAUUCGAGAAAUACCCACGUUCCAGUUCGUCAAAGGUGAGGAUCAUGGUGGUAGUACUGUGUACGGGUGUGUGGUCUGUUUGAGUGAGUUUCAGCAACAGGACAUGCUCAAAGUUCUGCCCAAAUGCAGCCAUGCUUUUCACUUGGACUGUAUCGAUAUUUGGCUUCAGAGCAACGCAAAUUGUCCUCUUUGCAGAUCAUGCAUUUCUGGCACCACGCGUCCUCCAUUGGACCAUAUCAUAGCACCGAGCUCUUCUCCUCAAGAUUCUCAAAUACUCUCCAAUAUGGGCAGUGAUGAAGACUUUGUGGUAAUUGAAUUGUGGGGAGAAGAUGGGGGAUCGCUGUCAUUGAGGCAACAUGAACGAAACCAGUCGAGCGGGGGAAGCCUGGCACAGAGUAGAAGUCACUCCACGAGGAAGAUGCAGCAGAAGCUCGGGCACCUGAAAUCGAGGAAGUGGCAGCAUGUGUCCAUCAUGGGAGACGAGUGCAUUGAUACGAGGGAGAAAGAUGAACAGUUCUGUAUUCAGCCACUUAGGAGAUCUUUCUCCAUGGAUUCUGCAAAUGAUAGGCAAAUUUACUUGGAAGUUCAAGCCAUUACACAGCAGCCGAAUAGGCAUCAAAAUGACGCUAGUGGGAGUGAAGACAGUAACGUUCACAGCAGAGGUCGAAGGUCUUUCUUUCCAUUUCGUUAUGGUCGUGGAUCCAAAAACGCAGUACUUCCUCUGGAGAAUGAGGUCUGAUGUAACAUAUUUUUGUUUCCUUUUUUUUUUUUCUGGUUGUUUCUUAAUUUCCAGUUGUUAAUGUUAAUAUCUUCAAAGUGGAGGAUUAGAAUCGAAAGGAGUGGCACAGAAAACAAUAGAGUGCUUUUGUAAUGAUAGGGAAUGGUGAAGUGAGUCAGACGGUGGAAUAGAGGCGCAUUGCUUUUUAGUGUCAUUUGCUUAAAUUUGAAGGUGCAUGUCUUCAUUCACAGUGAAUGCGAAUGAUUGCUUCCAUGUUCCUGUCAUGUGUAUUUAGGAAGAGAAUACAGAGCAGAGGGACCCACCCACAAGAUAAUGAGAAGCCAUGAGUAGCAGCAGCAUGAAUGAGAACUGUCUCUUUCUAGGAAAUCAUCUCUACCUUCUUUUUGUCUCUGAGCUAUCAUAUGGAUAUGGGAAAAUGCGGUAUAACAGCUAAGAGGUGGGGUUCUUCGCCACUGUAAGACGCACAAUGAACGUUCAUAUCCUACUUUUUUCCUUGCAAAUUUUAUAAUCCAGUCAAUAAUUCCAGCACUAACAAUAUAUCUCAUCCAAUAAUCUCAUUUCACAACCUGGCUAAAUACGGAAGUUUGAUAAGUCAAACUUAACUUCUUAGACUGAAACGAAAAUUAAGCAGUCAUAAACAAAAGCCUCAC